GAAAGAACAUGAGCCCACAGCUCAACAAGAACCAGAGCUGCUCCUUCAAUGAGGUGGAUGAGCUGAUGCAAACCGUGCAGCUGGCCGUCCACAUCCCCACGUUUCUCCUGGGCCUCCUCCUCAAUGCAUUGGCCAUCCGAGGCUUCAGCUCCUUCCUGAAGAAGAGGUGGCCGGAUUACGCCGCCACCUCCAUCUACAUGAUCAACCUGGCCGUCUUCGACCUGCUGCUGGUGCUAUCCCUUCCGUUCAAGAUGGCGCUGUCCAACGUGCGUGCCACCCCUCCUUUCUUCUGUACCUUGGUGGAGUGCUUCUACUUCGUCAGCAUGUACGGGAGCGUCUUCACCAUCUGCUUCAUUAGUCUGGAUCGAUUCUUGGCCAUCCAGUACCCGUUCCUGGUCAGCCAUCUCCGGUCCCCGAGGAAGAUCCUGGGGAUCUGUGGCACCAUCUGGGUCCUGGUGUGGGCCGGGAGCAUCCCGAUCUAUAGCUUCCACGGGAAGGUGGAGAAGUACACGUGCUUCCACAACAUGUCCGACGGCACCUGGAGCGCCAAGGUCUUCUUCCCCCUUGAGGUCUUCGGCUUCCUUCUUCCAAUGAGCGUCAUAGGUUUCUGUUCCUCCAGGAGCAUCUGCAUCCUGGUCGGCCGUCGGGACCUCACCCAGGACUGGGUCCAGAAGAAGGCCUGCAUCUGGACGAUCGCAGCCAGUCUGGCUGUCUUUGUGGUCUCCUUUCUUCCCAUCCACCUGGGCUUCUUCUUGCAGUUCCUGGUGCGGAAUGGCUUCAUCGUGGAGUGCAGCUCCAAGCAGAGCAUCAGCUUGUUCUUGCAGUUGUCCAUGUGUUUCUCCAACGUCAACUGCUGCCUCGAUGUCUUCUGCUACUACUUUGUCAUUAAAGAGCUCCGCAUGGACAUCAUGGCCCCCCGGCCUUCCAGGGCCCAGCUGGUCCUCCAGGAUACCAUGACCACCAGGGGCUAAGGAAAGAAAGACUGAUGCAGAGGAAGGAAACCCCAGCCCCAGAUUCUGAUAGCAGAUACCCUGUUGCAAGG